GCCUGAACCUUUUCUUGGCCUCGUGUCAAUUUCUGUUUUUGCGGAGGGCGAAAGAACCCUGGGGUCCAGAACAGUCCCGCCGGUUCCUCUUUCUUGGCUUUCUCAAGUCCCGGUCCCUGGUGAUGUGGAUGUCUUUUUACUUGUUUACUUGUUAGGGAGGGUAUUUUUCAUAAGGGAGAUUUGCUACCUGCUUUCAGCGGGACGGAGGAGGGUGUGAGUGUCCUUGCACUAUUUCCUAGGUAACUUAUUUAAUUAAGAUCAUCAAUAUUGCCAGAGUGAUACCUGCCCUUUCUCUCUAUAUCAUUGUAGGGGAGGCAAAACUUUACCUCUUCCCGUCUUAGGUUUUUGGCUAGGACUCUUAACGAAAACACUAGCAAGAGAAAAACAGUUCACGCACCCAGUGCACAUCACAAGGGAAACCUAAAUGAAAACAAACUCACGAUGGUAACUUAGAAUUCCAACUUAUUUUCCAUCUUCAAUAAAGGAGAGUACAUUUGCAGAGGUGAUAGGACAAAGGAAAACAAUUUUAGGCCCCAAGGCCAACAAGCUGGGAAGGUACUAAUAAGGGAGGAAAGUAAUGGAGGUUUGCAGAUUCUCCUGGUUCCUCUCUGGGCUGGUAAAUGUCAGUCUCCGGUAAAAUAAUUUAUAUCUUGCCUUUAGGCAAAACGGGGAAAGUAAAGAACUUUUCCUGUGUUGGCUGCCUUUUUUUUUUUUCCUGACUCAAAAACCUUUUGUUUAAUUUAUACAAAAAGCUACUAAAUACAAAAAGUAGUUUAAAACAAAAUAGUUUGGUUUUUUUUUUUUUUUCCUGGCAGAAUUUAAAUGCACAUAAUGGGUAAUUCUGAAGAAAAUGCAUUUUCCCCACAGUGUUCAGGACUAAAAUUCUACUGAAAUCUUUGUUGGCCCCUUCUAGAUUGCCUUCAGCUCAAAAUAAUUUCUGUGACAAAAUGGUGUAUUUUGCGUGGCCUAUUCUACUUUUCAUCAUUAAAAUGUCUAGGGCCUUUUUUUUUCCCUCCCUUACAUCUAAAACUGAUUCUCUGCUCAGUGGUGAUCACAUGCCUGAGACUUCUCAUUUGGGGAAUAUUAUUUUGGAAAUGAAAUGGCGUGGGAGGCACCCAGAGGGGAAGGCUGAGGUUGAUUCCUGUAUAUUUCACCAGAUGAGGCUGCUCCGCAGGGUGUUUGUGCCUUGUGGGCAUUUAAACCUUAGACAUGCUUGAAUUCCAUAACCCUUUAAGAUGACUUCUAGUCAAAAGUCAUCCCCGUCUAGAGUCUAGAACUAUGAUUCUAGGCUUUUCAAAAUUGGAAGGGAUUCAGGGUCUCUGGGGAGCUCAGCUAGAGCAGCAGGUGACUCUUGUUCUUGGGGUUGUGAGUUUGAGCCCCACAUUCGGUAUAGCAGUUACUUAAAUAGAUAAAGAAACUUUUUUUUAAUUGGGAGGGAGGGGGGUGCCUGGGUGGCUCGGUCGGUUAAGGUUAAAUGUCGGGCUGUUGAUUUCGGCUCAGGUCAUGGUCUUGUGGUUCGUGGGUUCGCGCCCUGCGUUGGGCUCUGUGCACAGAGCCUGCUUGGGAUUCUGUCUCCCUCUCUGUCUGCCUCUCCUCUGCUCACUCUCUCUCUCUCUCUCUCUCUCUCUCAAAAUACAUAUGUAACAUGGGAAGGGAUUCUAAAGGUUAUAAAACCCCAAAUGUAUUAAAUAAUACAUAAAUAAAUAAAACCCCAAAUACCUUUAGAUCUGAAGGAGAAUGUGGGCUCUGAGAAAGCAAAAUCAGGUGUGACAGCUGCUUCCCAGAACGGACAAGACCACUCCGGGAUUGUGACGGAGUGAGACAAGUCCCCUGUGUAAUCAUGUUCGGCAUGCAGACACAAAUGCAACACCACAGGCAAACCUCAAGAACGACCACACAUCCCCGUCUCAGCUAACCGCUUCUUUACCCAUUACAGUUUCAGCCCACUCUGUUCCUCCAUGUCCUAAUAAACAUCAGAAUAUUCAGUGCUGCCACCAGUCCCCCGAUUUCCAGCGGCAUUCAUCCAGAGCAACCCUUCCCUCUUUGACUGACCCUCUCCCAAACCCCCACCACAAACUGAAAUCCUAUAAAUCCCUCCCACCCCUCUCACUGAGACACCGCAGCUCCCAGCCUCCCCGCAGUAUGUGAGAUCUGCGCUGCGGUAACAGGUACCAUCAGAUUUAACUGGGUUUGGCCACAGGUCCGCCUUGGCUGCUGGGCUCCAGCGUGGCCACAGACAGGGCGGAGCCCCUAUCGGUCUCCCAGCCCUCCUACCCAUCCAUCCCAAACUUGGCUGCAGACUUUCACUUAAGUUCCCUAGAUACAGCAACCUCUCUUAGCAAGUGAAGCCAAAAGGAACUUCCUGCAGAUUUCUAAGAACAUAAACUGCAACAGAAAGCAUUCCUUGUUUGUGAUGUAUCGAUAGUUUUUCGGUAAUCAAGUUUUCACAGAAGGGAACAGUCACUCCAUUGUAUGAUUCUCAAGCACAUUCCCUCCUCCUGCCCACGUCUUAACUCAAAUCCCAGUUGCUUUAGUUCUGUUUAUUUUCCAAAGAAAUUCCUACAAGAGCUUGGAGAAUUGUGGGGUUCUCCCACAUGGUUCCAUCAAUAAGGCUUUGCAUCUCUUAUAAAACCAUAAGACCUCCCUGUUACUGCAGAACGCAAAGCGCAAUGAUACGCACAUCAGCGGAUCUUCAUUUCUCUGGGACUCUUUGCUUCUAACUGUGUUGGCCCUUCCAUAAGAUUACGGCUACAUAACCAUGGAGUUGGAAAGAGUGAAGAAAAGUGACCUAUCUGUAGUGGUGAUGUAAAAGAGCGGUAUCAGGGUUCUCCAGAGAAGCAGACCCAACAGCGUAGAUACAGACAUCUAGAAAAAGAUAUGUUACGAGGGACCGGUUCAUGUGACUGUGGAGGCAGAGAAGCCCCAGGUUCUGCCCCCCCACAAGCUGGAGCCCCUGGAAAAGUGCUCCAAACCCCAAGGUCUGAGAACCAGGGAGCCAGCGUCUGAGGGAAGGGACAGCUGGACAUCCCAGCUCAAGCAGAGAGCAAACACGCUGCCUCCGUCUUUGUUCUACUCAGCCCUCAAUGGAUUGGAUGAUGCCCGUCCAUGUUGUUGAGGGAAACCUGCUUUACUCUGACUCCCAGGUCAUGAUCCCGGGGUCAUGGGCUCAAGCCUCUCGUCGGGCUGCGUGCUGAGCAUGGGGCCUGCUUGAGAUUCUCUCCCUGCCCCUCUCGCCCGCUCACUUGCUCCUCUAAAAAAUGAAAAAUAAACUAAUUUUAGAAAGAGAAGCAGGACACCUGGCUGGCUCAGUAAGAAGAGCAUGCGACUCUUAAUCCCGGGGCUGGGAGUUUGAGUUCCAUGCUGGAUGUAGAGCUUACUUAAGACAAUAAAUAAAUAAACGUAAAAGAGAGACAGAAGGGGCAAGUGGUUGCCUCAGUCAAGGGCUGGUGAAGGUCACGUAGAACGAGGAUGAGAGUAAUCCCUGGCUCUGACUAGUCUAGGACACUGGGAGAUCUGAACAGUGGUGGGAAAGGGCCGAAGAGGUAAGUCCUGACCUUUGGCCAUGAGAUUCACUCCAUAGGGAGCGGGGCACAUGCCUCGGCCCAAACGAUCUUCGCGUCUCAGAGGGAAAAGUCUGUUUCGGGUCUCCAGUGGCCCUGGGCGUGGCAGGGCCUUCCCCAUAGCAGCCCCGCAUGGUUCAGGCAUCUCACGAACAAUGCGAGCCUGCAGAGACAGGGGCGCCUAGCAUCUCUGUUCCCGGAGUGAGCCUUGACUCAGACAUCCUGCCUGGGAUGACCCAAGGUGUUCCUGUAUGUAGAAGUGACUCAGAUGUUACCCUGUCAAAACUGGGGCUGCCACAUAGCUUGAGUUCUAGAUACCAUUGCUUUCUAUCUCCCUGGCCCCUUCCUUGUUCCGUGUAGCUCCCUUGGGUGCAGGAAAAAGCUCUUCUUUUUUUCUUCCCCCCCCCCAAAUUCCCUGUGAGAUUUUUUUGACAACGUAGAGCAGGGGUCAGGAGUCUAGUCAUAGCGUGUUGAGGAGAGGAAACCCAUUAUAGAUGAUAUUUUUCAGAAGUUAAACACAAAGGGGAGUUGAGAAUGAGACAGGAGCAUUUCAAACGAGGAAGGCCAAGGACCAGUUAGUUUGAUUUCAGCUGCAAAUUCUAUUUUGGCUUUUGUGCUGAUGAGAAGUCAGAGAGUAAGAACUUGAAGGGGAGCUCAGUUUAGGAGAGGAAGGUAGACUUGGAAACAAAAGACAAAAAUAAACACGUGCCUGUCAAAGUAGGACUCAGGCCAGGUGUGUGCCAGCAGAGAGGACCAGGAAGUUUCCUGUGUCACAGGAUAAACCAGGCCCAUGUCCUGGAGACUCGGUUUUGCUUGGAGGGGGCCUAGGUUAUCCAGAGUCAUAUUUAAACAAAUCUCGUAUAUAAUGAAGUAAAAUGAUGUGAUUUACCCCAAACUUAUGGGUAAGACCCAAGACUUUAAGAGUAUUUCUCACUUGAGUUGGGCAGCGCUGGGAGCUCCUUCCUGAAGCCCCUCUGGUUAGGGUGCUCGGCUGGGACCACAGUGAGGUCCGGCCCAGGGAACGAAGGAGCAGCUCUAGAAGAGAGGGUGCACCUGCUUGCUUCUGGAAGAAGUUGCCCUUAAAUGAGCUUCUGAGGGAGGAGCAGGACUUCGUCCUGCAGAUGCUGUAGAAAGAGGGGAGACAGCACCGGAACCUGGAGGCCUGGAAAGGUGCUGUGGGCUGAGGUUACCCCAUCUUCCAAAUUCUUCGAGAGGUGGAUAGGCCAUCGGAGGGGAGGGAGAAGAGGCCGAGAGGAAGGAAUCAGGGAGACAACUAGAUCCUACAUUUUCUUGACCAGAUUAAGUGUCUGAAUUUGGUGCUGGGGCCACUAAGGAGACAUGUAGGGGUUUUGAAGCAAGAAGUGACAUGAUCAGAUUUCCAUUUGGUAAAAGCCAUUCUAGCGGUCUUGUAAGUCAACCGGAGCAAUUACUUUUUGUUGGUCGUUUUUUUCUUUUUUAAUGUUUAUUUUUGAGAGAGCCUGUAGGUGGGGGAGGGGCAGAGAGGCCGGGGACAAAGGAUUGGAAGCGGGCUCCGCACUCACAGCUUCAAGCCCGAUGCGGGUCUGCGGGUCGGGUCUGGCUCAUGAACCCUGAGAUCAUGACCUCAGCCAAAGUCAGAGGCUCAACCCACCGAGCCACCCAGGUGCCCCUCUUUUGUUGGUCUUAAUCAUAACCUGAAAUAAAGGCAAAGUACAAACUGGGGUGGUGAAGGAUAUGAGCCACAUAUAUAAUACAGGAUUGACAGCUUUAAUAUAAAAAAUUCAUACGGAAGAAUAGGAAACAGCAUCAGAAUGUCUGGGGGGGGGGCAAUUGGCCUGGAAAAAUCUCUUCCAGAGUAUAUUAAAUAGUUAAUAUGAAAAGUGAUCAGCCUCGCUGUCCUAUAAAUGUCUAGUAAAAUAAUAAUUUGAUCCAUUUCACCCAUCCCAUUAGUGAUGACUAGGGAAUAAUUGUUCUCAGUGUUGGCAGGAAUUAGGUGAGAGGCUCAUUCCCAUUAACAGUGUGAUAGGUUUAACUUUGGCAAUAUGCUCGUAAUUCAACUCCUAGACCCGAUGACUAUCUUUCUGGGAAUUUAUCAGAAAGUUUGUCAGGAAGUAUCAAAGAUGUGGACAAAGAUUUAUGUAUUUAUAAAGCGCGCUAGUUACAGUAGAUUAAAAAAAAACCCACUAAGAUGUCCCACAAUCUUGGGUAUUACAGGAACCUACAAUAUGAUAUUAUGUAAGUAUAAAUAAUGUUUCUGAUUAUGCAAAAGCAUCUUCAAUUCUGCCAGAAUGUGAACAGAGGCUGUCAUUGGUUGGUGACAUUAUGAGUGAUUUCUGCUUUGUAAAAGUGUUUUCCAGAGGUGCCUGCCUGGCUCAGUCAGUGGAGCAGGAGAGCCUUGAUCUUGGGGUUGUAAGUUUGAGUCCCACACUGGGUGUAGAGAUUACUUAAAAAUAAAAUCUUAAAAAAAAUAACUAAAAAAGUGUUUUCCCAUGUUUUUAAUUUUUUUUUUCAUGACAAUAAGAGGUUUAACCCCAAAAUAAGGAAUUGCAGGCCAAAUUGCUUGCAGGAAGGCAACUUUGAGGCAGUGAAAACUGAAUCACACACGGGCAUUCCCAGUCUACCCUUGAACUUUCAACCCACAUAAACAACAGAGUAACAACUUGCCCUCUUCUCAAUCCUUACCAUCACUUGACAGGCUUAAUCUCAUUUAAUGCUCCCAGUGCCUCCCCAACUUCAGGAUAAAAGAAGUGAGGCUUGAGGGGGGAAAUUCACCAGCCCAACGCCUUCCGUUUCAUUUUAGUGUUGUCUUGACCCUCCCUUUUUGCCCUAUCCCCUUUUAUUUAGUCCAGCCCAUCCUUCUGUAUCCUGGUCUUUGAGCUGAAGACUGCAAAGACACGGACCCUUCAUCUCUCUGGAAAACUUCCCCUCCCCACCCCACCCCCCAGAGCCAAGGCCUGGGAGCUGGGGGCAGGCUUUCCUGAGAUCACUUCCCGCUUCCUUCUUCCCCGCCUUUAACUUUGGCUCCUGGGGCCACAGCCAGCUUGGUCACUUGCUAACCAGGCUCCUGGGUGCCUCUUCCUCCAAGAUCAGAGGUCAGUGCCUGUGCCCGCUCUGGUUCCCCCCCCCCUCCCCCCGAGAGAGCACUUUCUCUCCCUCUGGCUCUUUCCCGGGUCCUGGGCCCUCUACCCCCUGCCCUUUACUCUCCAGCUCCCCUCCCUUCCCCCGACUUCCCUCUUCUCUCCUCCGGUUCAGUCCCCUGGUUUCCAUCUCUGCCUCCAUCGCUUCAUCGUUAUUAUCAUUCCUGAAAGCAAAUACCAAAUUACUGUAUUGGGGGGGGGGGGCUUUUUAGAGCAGCGGUACAUUGGUACGCAACCCAUUAAUGGGUACCAUGCCUCCCAAUUCCCUUCUCCUAGGAUUCUUUUAGGGGUUUAGGGCCUAUUCGGCUGUGCACCUGCUCGGCCACACGGGGCGGUGUGCGCUCGCACCGGGAGUCUGCGGUGGGAGGGGGGCGAGCGGGCGGAUCCGCGUGGAAAGAGCGGUGGGGAGGAGGCCGGAGAAGGGCGUCGAAAGAUCCAUCUCCCGGCCUGCAUCUCCCAGGCGCAAGUUCUGACGCCCGCAGGACACCCGGUGACCUGCUGCCCCAGGAAGGCUGGACAUGGCAGUUUUUCCAAACUCCUGCCUCCCCGCGUGCCUGCUCGUACUCACUUUCUUCCAGCUGUCCAGGCCCGAUUCGGCCCCCUUCGACGUGAUCGGCCCCGCGGAGCCCGUCCUGGCCGCGCUGGGGGACGACGCCGAGCUGCCCUGCCGCCUGUCCCCGAGCGUGAGCGCCGAGCGCAUGGAGCUGCGGUGGUUCCGCGGGAAGGUGGCGGCCGCGCUGCUGGUGCGCCGGGACGGCCGCGAGCGGGAGGCCGAGCAGACGGCCGAGUACCGCGGCAGGGCCACGCUGCUGGACGGCGACAUCGCGGCCGGGCGCGUCGCCGUGCGCAUACACCGGGUCCGGGCCUCGGACGACGGCGAGUACCGGUGCCUCUUCCGGCAGGACGGACGCUACGGGGAGGCCAGCGUGCACCUGAAGGUGGCCGCUCUGGGCUCUGAUCCUCAAAUCCAUAUGGAAGUUCAAGAAAGUGGAGAGAUCCGUCUGGAGUGUACCUCCGUAGGAUGGUACCCAGAGCCCCAGGUGCGGUGGAGAACUUCCGAGGGAGAGUGGUUUCCGUCCACAGCAGAGUCUAGGAACCCUGAUGAAGAAGGCCUGUUCACUGUGGCGGCUUCCGUGAUCAUCAGGGACACCUCCAUGAAGAAUAUAUCCUGCCAUUUCCAGAACCUCCUUCUGGGCCAGGAGAAGGAAGUAGAGAUCUCCAUACCAGCUCCCUUCUUCCCACGGCUGACUCCCUGGAUGGUGGCAGUGGCUGUCAUCUUGAUGGUCCUGGGACUUCUUACAAUUGGGUCCGUAUUUGGCACUUGGAGACUAUACAGGGAAAGAGCCCGACAGAGAAAGGAUGAAUUCAGCUCUAAAGAGAAACUCCUGGAAGAGCUCAAACAGAAAAAGGCCACCCUGCAUGCAGUUGACGUGACUCUGGAUCCAGACACCGCCCAUCCCCACCUCUUUUUGUACGAGGAUUCAAAAUCUGUCCGGCUGGAAGAUUCACGCCAGAAACUGCCCGAGAAACCGGAGAGAUUUGACUCCUGGCCUUGUGUGUUGGGUCGUGAGACCUUCACGUCAGGGCGACAUUUCUGGGAGGUGGAGGUGGGAGACAGGGCCGACUGGGCGGUCGGGGUGUGUAGGGAGAAUGUGGUGAAGAAAGGGUUUGACCCCAUGACUCCUCAGAAUGGGUUCUGGGCUGUGGAGUUGUAUGGGAGUGGGUACUGGGCCCUCACCCCACAGCGGACCCCUCUCCCAUUGGCAGGGCCCCCCCGCCGGGUUGGGAUUUUCCUGGACUAUGAAUCAGGAGACGUCUCCUUCUACAAUAUGGCCAACGGAGCCCAUAUCUAUACUUUCUCCAAUGCCUCCUUCUCUGGUCCCCUUCGGCCUUUCUUCUGCCUGUGGUCUUGUGGUAAAAAGCCCUUGACCAUCUGCCCACCCACUGAUGGGCCUGAGAGAGUCACAGUAGUUGUCGAUGCCGAGGACUUUGCUAAGGAGAUCCCGCUGUCCCCUAUGGGGGAGGACUCUGCCUCUGGGGAUGCGGAUACCCUCCACUCUAAGCUAAUCCCUACCCAGCCCAGCCAAGGGGCACCUUAAGGAAUCUCCCAGCUAAACCGUUCUCCUUUAUGCUAAGCCCUCCCCUCAGUCCUCUCUGAGUCGCCAGCCCCCGACCUCACCCAGCCCCUGUUUCUUCCUGUUGGGUAGGGAUCAGUUGGUCUUGGGAAGGUUAUGUUGCUGCUGUUAGAGAGCGUGGGGUGUAGGGCCUUCCUAAUCUGUUUCUGUACUGGUACUCAGGGGGCAGGCACGUGACUCUGAAGCUGUUUCUAGUGUCCUCCUACCCCUCCCCCCAGGCCACAUCCUAUAGGGAGGGACAGCUCGGCUAUCGAGAUGGGGUUAGGUUGGCAUGUGGUUAUGACAGAAACAUCUCAGUGUCCAGAAUCGGGAUGAGUAGAGGAACAGGUUUUACACAAGCGGGAAACCCAAAAGGUUCUGGGAAGGGAAAAUUCGAGGCUGAAGUCCCAUAAAGGAACCUGGGGGGACAUCGCAGUGGAGGAAAGGGAGGGGAACAUAGGCCAAUGACGAAUACCUGGCCUGCUCCUAGAGUUUUAGGGCCUGUCUCUCACAUUUUCUAAGACGUGUCCUACAGAGUAAAGGGAACUGGCCCUACUCCUGUGGGAUCUGAAAAAAAUGGUGUGGGAGCGUGGAGAAGGGAUGAAGGGAGCAGGGCUGGGGGCCCGACAGAAGAUCUGACCCCGGAGAAAACAGGAGACAAAACCCAAGCUGUAUGCGUCGCCACGACGCGGAUCCUGCUUUCCUCUCUGCGGCCUCCUGUUUCCCCCUCACCUGGAGUCAUUCCAGCCUCACUUGCUGGGCCCCACAACUUUCCAGCUCUCUUCCUCCUUUUGACUUAGAAUCUCUCCAUCUCAGAGCCUUUCUAGAAACCCUGGUCGGUGAUGUCCCCUCUUUAGCAGCCGGUGUCGGCCUCGGGGCCCCUCAGCCCUCAUCCCAACAUCUGCUUCAGCCCCCUCAAACCCCCCUUCCAUCCGCUCCCCAAGCAGCUCAUGCCCACACCCCGCCACCGGUCACUCUCCCCGCCCAGCUUUCCUGCGUGCCGUUCUCCCCGGGGUCCCCGGAGGCUGUGUCAUCGCGCUCGACACAGCUAGACUGACCGCACCCGCUCGUGUUUGCGCUUUCCCGUAUACUUGGGGCUUGUCACGCCCAUGGACCGCAGGUGUAUCUGGGCUCGCCCCUUCUACUUCCGUUGUGUUCUUCCAGUUUCCAGCAUGGGUGUCGCCCGUGGUCUUGACCUAAUAAAUAAGUCUGUUGAUUGCUGAAA